UCCAGUAACCCGAGUUCAAAUCUCGGUGGAACCUUCUCUUUUUUUUUCCGCGCGUACAUAAUUUCGUCAACCGCCGUGGCCGUCCAAAGCCGAAGCCAAUGGAAUUCCCACAACAAAUUAAAUCCGACGGCUAUUCACAAACUGAUUGUUCUUCACCACGAUACGGCCGGCGGCGUUCCUCUCCUGAGGUCUUCUUUUCUUCUACUUUCAGUUUUGUUUCUUAGAAAGAUGAACGACGAGACCCGACGGAGAAUCGAGGAAAACGUGAUUGAGGUAUUGAAGAAAUCGAGCAUGGAAGAUACGACGGAGUUUAAAGUUAGAAGCCAGGUCGAAGAACGGCUUGGAAUCGAUCUUUCUAAUAAACAAUGCAAGUUGCUGGUGAGGAACGUGGUAGAGAGCUUUUUGCUUUCAAUGUCGGAGCGGGUGUGUAUGGGGAAAGAGGAUGAGCCAGGACCUAGUGUUCGUUACGAGAAUAAAGCGGUGGAGCAGAAGAUAGUACCAAAGAAGGAGUUCAACGAUGAUGGAGACCUUUUGAUUUGCCGGCUAUCUAAUAACAGGAGUGUGACAAUUCAUAAAUUUAAAGGGGCACCUAUGGUAUCAGUUAGGCAGUAUUAUGAAAAAGAUGGAAAACAGCUUCCAACUCUAAAAGGAAUCAGCAUGCCAACUGAGCAAUGGUCAGUCUUUAAGAGUAAUAUUCCUGCUAUAGCGGAAGCUAUUUUGCAGAUGAAAAGAAAUAAAAGAUCUGAACAUGAUGCUGAAAAAAUUGGUGCCUUCUCAAAUCCAACAACUAGAGUAACUUCUCCAAAAUAUCCAAUUGAAACUAUUCGAUUUGAUGGAAAAAACUACAAUGCAUGGGCACAUCAGAUGGAGCUUUUGCUGCAGGACUUAAAGAUUGCUUAUGUUCUUUCUAAUCAAUGUCCGACUGCCGUGCUUGGGGAAGAAUCAAGCUCUGGAAAUGCUGCGCAAUCCAAGGCUGCUGAACAGAAAUGGAUGAGGGAUGACCACAUGUGUCGCCGCAACAUUCUUAACUCCCUCUCCGACAGGCUUUUUAAUGAAUAUUCGAAAAAAACAAUGAGUGCUAGUGAACUUUGGAAGGAGCUAAAAUUGCUUUAUCUUUUGGAGGAGUUUGGGACCAAGAGAUCUCAAGUCAAAAAGUAUCUAGAAUUCAAAAUGGUUGAGGAGAAGUCAAUAUUGGAGCAAGUUGAAGAACUUAAUCACAUUGCUGAUUCUAUUGGUUCUUCUGGAACGGUUAUCGAUGAGGAUUUUCAUGUUAGCGCAAUUAUCUCAAAGCUUCCACUUUCUUGGAAGAAUGUCUGGGUGAACUUAAUGCAUGAGCAGUAUCUUCCCCUUCGGAAAUUGACAGAUCGAUUGAGAAUUGAAGAACAAUUACGUACACAAAAAAAUUCACGUCUCUCAGGAGUGUCUUCUUCUCCUACUCCAAGAGGCCAACAUCAUGCUGCAAAUCACCCAUCAAAGAUGGGAGACCCAAAGCCUGUAACCGUACCACUGAGAAAAAAGGAAUGUCAAAAGGAGGUCAAAACUUUACUCUGCUUGGAUUGCGGCAAGGAAGGGCACACAUCUCCAAAUUGUCCAACUAAGAAAGUCAACAAUGAAGUACCUCGGCAAAGAACAUAGCACAUUCUUACCCAGGUAAAUAGAUCUGACUUCUGAAGGUGAAAAUAAUAAAUUCACCAUUUAGAUGCUAUAGUUCUUGAUUCAUAUAUCCUUUCAAAAUAUGGAACCCAAUAGUCAUUUUGAAAUUUUGAACGAUCUUAAAAGACUCGGAAACUAUCAAUGAGCAUAGUUGAGGCUCUAUUCCAUGUAUAUGUGUAUAACUGAUAUUCUUGCUGAGUGUAACUCAAUUCCUUAGAAUAGUAUAUGUUCUCAUACGCCUUCUUGAAGCUCAAGUGAAUUGUAACAUGUUCAGCACCUUCCUGUAUGAUUUUAAUCGAAUCUAGGUUGAUAGCUUA